AUGGUGACUCUGAAUGUACUGAUGUUUCUUUGUGCCUUGACGGCUCUGAGUCAAGCUGCUGCAACAAAUGAUCUGCUGAGGAGUUCUUGUCCUGCUGGUUGGAGAAAGUUCAACAAUCGCUGCUUCAUCUACAUCCCAAGAACCAUGACUUGGGCGAGAGCCCAGAGAAACUGUGUGUCUUUGCAGGCAACCCUUGCAUCCAUCCACAGCUUUCAGGAGUACCAUUACAUUCAGAGGUUGAUAACAACUGCAACUCACGGAUCACCACAAACAUGGAUUGGAGGCUCUGAUGCUCAGGAGGAGGGCGUUUGGCUGUGGAGCGAUGGGAGUCCCUUCCUCUACUCAAACUGGUGCCGUGGAGAGCCAAAUAAUUACAUGAACCAGCACUGCCUUCAAAUGAACUAUGGAGAAUCCAAGUGCUGGGAUGACUUUCAGUGCGACCAACAUCGUCCGUCAGUCUGUGCCAAAAACAUCUGA